ACCUCUCUCUAAUAUGGUCAAACUAUGUGCGUGGGGCUCGCUACAGCGGGCCGCGAGGGUCCCCUCUUAAAAGCAGCGCCGAGCCGCGUAUCUCCACUGCUGCCCUGGUCGCCCGCAGCCAUGGAGGUGGAGGAGCAGCUGACCGAGGAGCAACGCAACGAGUUCAAGGCCGCCUUCGAGAUGGUGGUGCAGGAGAGCGAGGACGGCCGCCUGAGCUGCCGCGAGCUGGAGAGCGUGAUGCGCAUGCUGGGACAGAGCCCCUCGCCCGAGGAGCUCGCCGCCAUGAUCGACGAGUUCGACGAAAACGGCACGGGCACCAUCGGCUUUGAGGAGUUCCUGGAGAUGAUGGUGAGGUGCAUGAAGGAGGAGGGGAAGGGAAAGUCCGAGGAAGAGCUCAGCGACCUCUUCCGCAUGUUCGACAGGAACUCGGACGGGUACAUUGACCUGGAGGAGCUCAAGGGGAUGCUGGAGCAGACGGGGGAGAAGGUGGGCGAGGAGGACGUGCAGGCGCUCAUGAACGAUGGAGACAAGAACAAGGAUGGGCGGAUCGACUACGACGAGUUCAUCGAGUUCAUGAAGGAGGUGGAGUGAGCUUCGCGGAGCCUGGGGACCUCGCGCUCUGCCGCGUCUGGACAACACCGUCACCUCGUCCGCGCUGCCCUGCAGCAGGAGGGGCAGCUGCGGCAGGCGAGAGCCAAUACCACCACCACCCGCCCAGAGAGCUGGACAGCUGACCCAGACCCUCCCUGUCUUUCUCUGGUCACCUGGUGCAGUCAAAGAUCGCAGGUGCCGUGUCGCUACUCUCAGAGCACCACCAACCCCCUUUGGCGUCCCGCGCGCGAUCCCCCAACCCCCUCCCCCUCGGCGCCCGCCCCCCCGCACCCCCCCCCCCCCCCGACUUCCGCGAGGUCCCCGUGAGAAAUCUGCGGUCUCGUAGCCAAGAGCGCAAUCAGCAAACGCGCUCCCGUGGUCACUGCCCUGUUUCGACGUCUUCACAAGGCCACGUGGUUGAGAGUUGAAAUCGACCGUGGACCCCUGCCGCGCCGGGUCGGUGGCGAUGUCUUCUCGGGUCAAACUGGGCGGUGGGUGACCUCGUGAAGCUUCGCUCGCUCCGCGUGUUCGGAGCUGCUGUGCUUAGCGACGUUUAAAUGUAAAUGUGCCCUUUGUCUACUACACAGAGGAAUAAAUGUUCAUGUUGUUUCAUAAAA